AUGACGGGAUUUAAUUUGUCGGCGUUAAACAUUUUGGGAAUUAUUUAUUUUUUCCUUUUACCACCACCCGUUCAUAACGUUCCCGUCGAAGCCGCCGUUCCCGUUCAAGUCGUUCCUCUUAGGGAUGAAACUGUCGAGGUCGUACCCCUACGGGUAGUACCCCUCACAAGUAAUGUCAAUUUGGACGAUUUGGUAUUAAAACUCAACACUGAGGAUUUAACAGAAGAAAGAACGAGAAAAAUGUUGAACGAAGAUUUAAAAGAGGCGUUGCUUCAAGAAGUUUUAUUAGAAAAUCAAAAAUUAUCCGAUUCUGUUAAAUUAAUGGCGGAGAUACAAAAACCUAAAAGAAAUUCAGAAACUGCCAUAGAGAAAAUAAAACUUAAAAGAAAUGAAAAUUUAUCAUCAUCAUCAUCUCCAUCCGUUGAUAAAGAUAUCGAUUCGUCUACAUCUGACCCAGAGAACGACAGCGACGACGACCUAGUAAAAAGAAAAAAGCGACAAACGGAAAAUUCAUCGGAAAAUGACGUUUUACAAGAAUCGGAAACAAACACGGAAAACAAUGGAGAGAACAACGACGAAGACGACGACGACGAUUCAUCGACUCAAGGUGACGUUACGAUAAAUAAUAUAAAUGUGACCUCAUUAAGCGUAAAAGAAAACCUUAAAAAUGGUGGCGGCGAUGACGAUGACGACGAUGACGAGGGUAACGGUUUUGGUCGUGGCGGUGGUGGUGGUCGUGGUAGCAGACAAAGACAAGAAGGUGGUGGUUCAACCGAUAUAAUAUCGAAUCUUGCCGGAGUUUUUCAAGCAUCUAGCGGAGGGGAUAAUGGAGAAGGUCUUUACGGUCCCCUUUACGGCAUUAUUUCGCCAUUAAGCGAUAUUAGUAUGGAUAUCGGCGGAAAUGAAAAUGGUGCAUUUAAUCCUAACACAUUUCUUAAUUUGGCUGGACCGUUAAUAACAGCAUCCAGUGGGGUUCAAGAUGAACUUUUUAACGGUGGUAACGGUACAGGUGGUGGAAUUAAUUUUAAUUAUGUUGGUAACACUCUCGGCUCGUUAAGUUCAUCAUCAUCAUCAUCAUCGAGCGGGAAUAACAAUCAAUAUAAUAAUAAUAGCGAUAAUACAGGAAAUGGAGAAGGAAAUCAGGGGGGAAGCGGAGGUUCGGGAGGUUCGAAUUUAGGUUCGCUUGUUGCUUCAAUAUUAGGGCCUUUGAGCUCAUCCUCGAGUGGGGGUAAUCCUAACGGACCUGGUGGAUUCAAUAUCGGCGGAACUUUAGCUGGACUAGCAGGACCAUUGAGUGCGAGUAUAAGCGGGGGUUCAUCAUUAUCAUCAUCAUCGGACGAUGACGAAUUUGUUGAUACCGCCGGCGGUAGUUCGGAUUUGUUUGAAGCGUUCGGCGGCGCUUAUUGGGAUCGUCAUCGGCAAGCCGAUAACGGAGGUGGUGGUGGCGGCGGCGGAGGAAGUAAUUCUGCUAGUUUUAUAACGAGCCUUUUAGGAGCUUCUUCCGGAAGUCUCAGUAGCGGAAAUUCAGGUGUAAGUGGAUAA